CAGAAUCUGACCUCAAUUCAAGCACACUUUAGCUCUUUCAUUAACCAUAGCGCCGAAUCGGUCUGUAUUCCUGUCAGAUCAAGGUGUUCGAGACGUGAAGAUGAGCGGUCACCUUCGCCAAUUCGAUUCCCUGCUGCAGCCGCUCGGCUUGCGAGUCGACGACUGGCUUACACUCCCACUGCCGCUGCUCAUCCUGGCCAUCGUGGGCGGUAUCUCGAUCCUGAUCUCGCUGUGCCGCUUCAUUCGUGUGCUGCUGAACGUGUACGUGGUACCAGGCAAGCCCGUAGCUUCAUUCAAGGUCAAGAAUGCACCCAACGGCACCUGGGCAGUCGUAACGGGUGCUACGGACGGGAUUGGCCGCGAAUUUGCACUGCAGCUGGCCAAGAAGGGUUUCAACAUCUUCCUUGCCUCGCGUACUCCGGACAAGCUCGACAAGGUAGCAGGAGAGAUCGAAUCCGCCUCACCGGGCAUUAAGACUAAGGUGCAAGCGAUCGACUUCUCUGCUGCGGACGUCAAGGCGUACGACGACCUCAAGCGUGCGCUCUCCGGUCUUGACAUCGGUGUGCUCAUUAACAAUGUCGGCAAGUCGCACGACUCGGCCGUUUACUUCCAUGAGACGUCUGAAGAGGAGAUGGAGAGCAUUGUCGAGAUUAACGUCAAUGCCACGCUACGAGUCACUCGGAUCGUCCUGCCAGGCAUGAUUGGGCGCAAGCGUGGCCUCAUUUUGAACAUGGGCUCCUUUGCCGGUGCCUUCCCCACGCCGCUGCUUGCGACAUACUCGGGCAGCAAAGCGUUCCUCAUUGGCUGGACGCAAGCGGUGGCGGAGGAAGUGCGCUCAAAGGGCGUCACGGUGCAGCUGCUUAACACGUACUUUGUUGUCUCUGCCAUGUCCAAGAUCCGACGCCCGAGCGCAAUGGUGCCGACACCCAAGGCGUACGUCGCCAAGGCGCUCGCCAGCGUCGGAAAGCAAGGCGGUGCAGUCGGCCGGCUCCACAACAACACACCGUGGCCGGCGCAUGCUCUGCUGGAUUGGGCCAUCAGCUACAUUGUGCCGCAAAGCGUCAUGUUCAGCCAGAGCCGCAAGAUGCAGUUGGCCAUCAAGAAACGCGCAGAGGCAAAGAAGGCGCGGGCGGCCAAGACGCAGUGAAGACGGGGCCAAUGUAGCAAGCAAAAUCACAUAUCAAUGCAAGGCUGUGUAACUUGCGCGCACGCGACAAAUAUCUGCUGUUC